AUGGAUUCGUCUCGUAAAGAUAAUAUCGAACACCGCAAGCAGGAGAAAAGAGAAGACGAGACAACUUCUCUGGUGGGUGUAAAUCUCAUGGUGGUGCUUCUCUCUCAGCUUUGUAACGCAGACGACAAGAGUUUUGAGAAAGAGGGAAGAGAUCAUCAUGAGGCUCGUGAAUCAAGAAGACGUGCUAACAAGAGGUUUAUGAAGGAAACAAAGCUUAUGGAGAAAAAAACGCACGUUCUUCAACCCAUGGCUAAGGACUUCAGGCAUUACAGGAAAAAUGUGAAGGGACGUGACUCAUCUUGUGAUUUCCCCGGUAGCUUAACACAAUCAUUUUUUUUUCCAAUCAAAAUAAGUUAUAUCCAAUCUUAUAUCACUACAGAAGAGAUGGAAAUUUAA